CGCCAGAUAUCGCACGCAGCCCACGCGCGGCACUCGCUUCCUUGGUUGUUGGCUUGAGUUAUGAGUCAUGAAAGUAAUAUAUUGAUGGAGAAGAAUCCCCGAGUUUUUAUGGAUGUUUCUAUAGGUGGGGUUGAUGCUGGAAGAAUGAUUUUUGAGCUAUUCAAAAAGCUUGCCCCAUUCACUGCAGAAAAUUUCCGUGCACUAUGUACAGGAGAAAAGGGAAUGGGUAAGAAAGUUGGUUUGCCCUUGCACUAUGAGGGUUCUUUCUUUUAUGGCAUUCAGAAAGGCUGGUCCAUUGCGAAGAGUGGGAAACGCCGCUUCAUUGUGAAGGGUGGGAAAUGCCGUUCCAUUGUGAAGGGUGGUGAUUUUUUUGGUCCGGGUGGUGAUUGUGGUGAAAGCAUAUAUGGAGCAGAUUUUCCAGCUGAGAGCACUCAGCUUCAACACUGUGAGCGAGGACUUCUGUCCAUGGCAAUUACUGAUCGUUUUGGCCUUGGCUCACAAUUUGUGAUCACAUUACAACCUGAUGACAGUCUUGACAGGUUUCAUAUGGUUUUUGGGAAGCUUAUUAAGGGAUUUAAUACAUUGAAGAAGAUUGAAGAAGCUAUUCUUGAAGCUGCUUAUGCGAAGCCUGUGUGGGUCUUCAACUGCGGUGAAUGUAUAAGUUGUGGAAGCGACGAUGUUGUAGCUGAGAAACGCAACCCUGGAGAUCAUUCUCUAAAUAAUGUGGAAGCAAGGGCUUACGCAGCUGCUAAAAAGCCACGGCCAAAUCCUGGUCCAUCCUGUUUUCCAAAGAGGCAUAGAUCCGAGAAAAAAUGCUCUUGUUGCUUUGACGUACCAGACCCAUAAAGGGGAGCUUAGGAGAGCUACUUUGGUAUAGGAGUUUUGGCUGGGUUAGGCGAUUCACAUCACAUUCGAUAUGAAUUUAUCUUGUAUGGUUCUGGUUAUUUGACAUAUGCAUUUUGAAAGGGCUGUGUACUUUUUGUGAUGGUCUCGUGAUUGCAUGUUUAAGAAUCUACUUCUUGCUACUCCGUGACACAAGGACCUUUUGCUAAACUUAUGAUAUUUGGAUUAAACUAUGUUUUGGAAGAAUGAUGAAACUUGUGAAAUUUGAACG